AUCGAUUCAACAGCAACUGGUUUGGUUGUUUUAUAUUAAGAGAAACAGAAGAUCCCAGCUGCUUAGAAGGAAAAGUAGAAAAAUUACCACAAUAGGCUGCAGUUCUAGAUAAAAGGUAUAAAAAAGUAAGUAGGAAGAAUUUAGGUAUUUCCCUGAUAAAUUAUUCUCAUCUCUGCUAUUUUAUGGGGCAUUUCUCAGGAGGUUGAAUGGAGACAACAGUGAUAACAUAAUGCAAGUAGGUAUGAAGAGAUUUCAGAUUUCAUGACAGUUAAUAAGUUGAUCAACUUUAGGUCAGUAAGUAAGGAAAAAUGUGUUUUGGGUGGUGGAGGAUAUAACACUUACGGCAUGGGCUUUUGUGCCAGGAUUAAGGAACCGUGAAAGAUGGAUAGAGUCAAGGGGGAAGUGGACAGGCAGGAAUAGGGAGUGGGUGUAGGAACUGCCAAGAAAGUGCAUGGAAAGUAGAAUUUUAAAUAAUGAAAUAUCUUAGAGUUUUCAGACAUAGGAUCUCCAAACUGGGAAGAAACUUAAGACAACCUAGGAGAGGUGAGUGAAUAGAUUCUAUGAAGGGACGAAAAAGAAAAAAAAAAAUUUUUUUUUUUUUGAAGGGCAUAGGAAAACCCACACCUGGGUUCAGUCAACACAGGUUCAGGGAGUGUAGCAGUUUUCCAAGGCUGCAGCAACAAAUUUUCACAAACUUGGCAGCUUACAACCACAGAAAUGUAUUCCCUCACAGGUCUGGAGGUCAAAGGCCUGAAAUCAAGGCACCAACAUGGUCAGACUCCCUCCAAAGGCUCUAGAAGAGAAUCCUGCCUCGUCUCUUCCAGAUUCUGGUAGCUCUAGGCGUUCUUUGCCUUGUGGUUGCACAACUCCAGUCUCGGCCUUUGUCUUCUAAUGGUUUUUCCCUUUCUGGGUUUCCUCUCUCCUCCUGCUGUCUUCUCCUCUCCUAUAAGGAUACUUGCCCUGAUCCUGGAUGAUAUCAGUUUACAACCCUUUAAAUAAUUACAUCUGCAAAGACAUUUUUUUCAAAUCAGAUGAACCUAUCAGUUUGCAGAGUUACUUGCAACCCACUACAGGGAGUGAGGAGGAAAGAUAAAGGACUAGGAGGAGGAACGAACCUGGGCAAUAUACAACUAAAGGAUUGUCUUUUCCUGAGAUUCCCAAGCCUGAUUGUAUGGGCAUGGGACCCUGAAAGACACUGAAAGUAAGAAUGCAAAACAUAAAAUGAUCAAGGAGACAUGAGAACACAGGUCACGUCAGCAUAAUGUUAACUCAUGCUCACCAGUGUGACCUAAAUAUCCUGAAGAAAAAAAUCACACCCCAUUCUGUAAAAUUGGAGCUUUAAGUUCAGAGGACAGGCAAAACAUGAGAAAAUACAAUUUGGGCAAGGGGCCGUCAACUGAAUUAGUGCACCUGAGUACAAGCUUCAGUUUGCUAUUAAGACAUCAGGUGACCUUAGAAGGUAGUUUUUUCUUUUAUGUAAGUUCGAAAGUAUAAACAAGAAUCAUGUUUCUGAAACUGGGUCCUGUGGAGUACAGAGAGGGAAAAGAAGCAGCACAUACUAUUGAAAGUACAUAAAUACCAAGAAACGUAAUUUUCUGCUGUUUAUCCUUUGGCCAGCUAUAAAAGCAAAACUAUAUUUAUGUUGCAGUCAUAACUUGGAAUAUAUUCUCAUAAUAAGACUACUUUUUUCCUUCAUUUUUUCAAAGUGAAGUCUCUAGAUCCUUUGGAAAUAAUUUUGUAGAAUUUAUGAGAAAUUUUCCAUUAAGAAGAUUUUAUACAUUACUCUGGUUGAGAAAUAUUAGCUAAUCCAUACAACAAAUUCUGACUAAAAUAGUAGUCAGACCAGUCACUGAAAUAACUGUCUAACCGUAAGGCCUGGUUUUCAUAGGCUACUUCUUUGGAAUAAAGAUCCACUUGUCAAAUUUCGUCAUGGACCAGGCUCCUGUUAGGGUAUUUCAGAUCAAAUAUGAUUGAAGGUUUGGUCUACUUCUCCUUUUCCAAAGCGGAACAACUCUGCCUCAGGGUUUAAAGCCAAUCUUGUCAUAUUACAUGUACGUGAAGGGAAGGCGAGAUUUUCUCUGAGGUGGUUUUGUUUGCCUGUUUUUUUUUUUCAAUCAGCAAUCAUUAAUUGUUUAUUCAGCCUUGUGUCAGAGAAAGUUCAAGACACUCUGUAAUUCCACCUCAGGGCAAAGUUCUGCCACACUACAGAGACACUGCACAACUAACAGACGCUGUGUCAAAGCUCCAUUAACCUAGAUAUUUGAUGCAUUCAGGCCUGUUUCCUUUCAGUACAGCUUCAGUGCAGAUACUGCCAACAAAAUAAUAAAAAUAGUAAUAAUAAUUUUUUUUUUUUGAGCCUCAAAACCAGAAUUUGUAAGCAAUACUGCCAUUGUCUUUAGAAAGAUUUCACAUUUCUGAAGAUGAUGGCUUUCUUCCCCCAAAACCUCAGGUAAGGAUAUAAAGCCUUGGCCCAGAGAGAAUAGGUUUCUUCAGAUGCUGGUUUAUAUUAUUCUUUCCUUUUUUUUGUUUUAAAUAUAUAUGGUUGUUAAGAGAGAUGUAAAAAAAUUAUCAAGUCAUGAACCUGGGAAAGAAGCAUAGUGUAAUUGCCAAAUAAAAAGAAGCGACAGCUAUGGCAGACGAUAGUUCAACUGGGAUGUUUCAAUGUCAGUUUCUUUGAAUAGAUUGUAGGCCAGAAACCCUAUAAGCAAAUUUGUAUUUAUCAAGCGAAAGACAGAAAUUAGAUUUAGAUAACUGAUGUGGGCAAAUACAGAACCCUAAGUAUAACAGCAUGGAAUUUGCAAGGUAUUAAAUCUUCCCACAUGAUGUAAGGUACUAGCAAGGUCCCCCAACCUUGAAUAAACUUAAUUCCUCUGUUACAGAGUCAAUGUUUUGCAUUAGUUACAUGUUUGGAAUGGAAAUGCCUGUUUACUGCUAAACUGUUCAGGGUGUUACCGCUGAUAAUCUUGACUUGAACUAGUUCAUCUCGACUUGCUAAUUGGAGAGAAAAGAGAACAGGAGGGACCUUAGGUGCCUUGGGGACUAGUGAGACUGAUUAAAGGGUCAUAGAAGUUGCUGAGAAGAGGAACAAACCCUUGAGGAAAAAAAAAAAAAAAAAAAAAACAGGACUUAUCUCUUACCUUUCCUUAGUUCUCAACCUAUAAUGCAAGUCUGUUUUGUCAGUUAACACUUAUCAACCACUGUUCCUGUUUUUUUCUUCUUCUUCUGUGAAUGUGGCCUGCAGCCGAGAGUGGUAAAACUGGGAGAGUUCUUAGAAACCAUCUGGUGUCAGGCCCUUCCUUUAACACUAGAACUCGGUGGCUUUGAAGAAGAGACUUGCCCAAAGUCAUUUGAGCAAGAACUCUGAUCUUGACAUCUUUUUUCUACUGCGUCAUAAAUAAGGGCCAAGACCACUCAGUAAAAAUUCUAAGGAUCUGAUAUUUGGAGUCAUUACGAUAACUUGUUAGAAACGACUAUUUUUUCCACAGGAAAAAAAUUUUUUUUUUUUUGGCAAUCUGUUGUUGACUGUUCUUGAGUCAAUUCUGACUCCUGGCAAUCCUUCAAGACAGACUAGAACUGCAUCAUAUUGCUUCCAAACCCCAAAACUUUUUUAAUUUUUUUGUGCUUUAGAUGAAGAUUUACAGGGCAAACUAGUUUCUCGUAAACAAUUAAUACACAGAUUGUUUUGUAACCUUGGUUGCCAACCCCACGAUGUGUCAACACUCAUCCCUUCUUGACCUUGGGCUCCCCAUAAUCAGCUUUCCUGUCCCCUACUGCCUUCUCAUCCUUGCCCCUGAGCUGGAGAUUAUUUAGUCUCAUUUUGUUUUAUAGGCCUAAGCUUUGGCUGAAGGGUGAACCUCAGGAAUGACUUCUGUACUGAGUUAAAAGAGUGUCUGGGGUCCUUACUCUCAGAGUUUCUCCAGUUUCUGUUGGACCGGUAAGUCUGGUCAUUUGGGGGAGUUAGAAUUUUGAUCUACAUUUUUCUCCAGCUCUUUCUGGGACCCUGUGUUGUGAUCCCCACCAGAGCAGUCGGUGGUGGUAGCUGGGUACCAUCUAGUUGUGUUGGACUCUUCUGGUGGAGGCUGUGGUAGUUGUAGUCUAUUAGUCAUUUGGACUAAUCUUUUCCUUGUGUCUUUGUUUUUCUUCAUUUUCUCUUGCUCUGUGAGGGGUGGGACCAGUGUAUUGUCUUAAAUGGCCCUCACAAGCAGUCUUAAAAAAGACCCCAGACACUACUCAUCAAAGUCAUCUAUAGAACAUUUUCUUUAUAAACUGUGUUUGAUGGUUAAGAUUGUGUGUCAGCUUGGCUGGGCCAUGAUUCUCCCUGUUUUGAUGGUCAUAUAAUGUUGAGAUUUGAUAUGUGAUCACUCCCAUGAUGGGAUCUGCUGUGAGUAGCCAAUCAGGUGAAAGGAAAUAUCCUUGGGCAUGUCGUCUGCAUCCGAAUAUAAGCAGAUGUUCUGGCAUGGGCUGAGGGCUUUUGCUCAUUCUUUAUCCUGCAGCUGGCUCCUAUUCAUCUAAUCUUCAGUUCUCCGGACUUGAGCUAGCAGCUUGCCUGAGGUCUUGACUGCCAAUCUUGGGGUUCAUCAAUCUUUGCACCCUGUGAGCAAGAGCUCUGUUCUCCAACCUGCUGGCCUUGGGUUCUCUAGCCCCUGCAGCUACAUGAAUCUGGAGAAGCUUCUAUCUUGAUCCACAGACUUGGAACAUUCCAGCCUCUACAACCAUAAAGAACUUCCAGAUCAUUAUAAGCCUUGGAUGGAAAUUGCCAACAAACUUCCUCACUUGAUUGAGAGUCGUCAGCUUCGAGCUCAUGUGAACAAGAUGCCGCUCCUGAACUGCCAUUUCCUAAAGGGUUACCGGGAACAGCGCCUGGCCCACUUGGUCCUGAGCUUUAUUACCAUGGGAUACGUCUGGCAGGAAGGAGAGACAAACCCUGAACAGGUUCUGCCGAGAAACCUUGCCCUUCCCUUUGUUGAAGUCUCCCGGAACUUAGGGCUCCCUCCUAUCCUGGUGCACGCGGACUUGGUGUUGACCAACUGGACUAAACGAAAUCCAGAAGGUCCCCUGGAAAUCAGGAACCUGGACACCAUCGUUGCAUUUCCUGGGGGAGAAAGCCUGCGUGGUUUUAUACUGGUGACUGUUUUGGUGGAGAGAGCAGCAGUGCCUGGGAUUAAGGCACUUGUUCAGGCAGUGAAUGCAAUCCUACAGCCCAGCCAGGACUCCCUGCUCCAAGCCUUGCAGCAGCUGAGAGUCUCCAUUCAGGACAUCACCAGAGCCUUGGAACAAAUGCACGAUUAUGUAGAUCCAGACAUAUUUUAUGCAGUCAUCCGGAUCUUUCUCUCUGGAUGGAAAGAUAAUCCAGCAAUGCCAGUGGGGCUGAUAUAUGAAGGAGUCUCAAAAGAUCCCCUGAAGUACUCUGGAGGGAGUGCUGCUCAGAGCACAGUGCUUCAUGCUUUUGAUGCAUUCUUAGGUAUUCGCCAUAGCAAGGAAAGCGGUGACUUUCUGCACAGAAUGAGGGACUACAUGCCUCCUUCCCACAAGGCCUUCAUAGAAGAAAUCCACUCUGCUCCUUCGCUGAGAGAAUACACCCUGUCCUCAGGAAAUUGCCAACUUCUUACAGCCUAUAACCAGUGUACGGAGGCCCUGGCAGAGCUGCGCACCUAUCACAUCACUGUGGUGACCAAAUACCUCAACACAGCUGCAGCCAAAGCAAAGGUCAGGAGGCCGAGCCAUCUCCCGGGGCCACCUCAGGCUUUAGAAAAAAUAGGCACAGGAGGAACUACAGUACUGAGCUUCCUGAAGACUGUUAGGGAUAAGACUUCAGAGUCAAUUCUCCACCCAGCUCUUUAAGGGACUGCCCUUUCCCCUGGCAAUGCAGAACAGGGGGUUUCCCUCAUCCUCUUCCCCAUUGGAGGGCAGUUGUCCUGGCGAAUGAGGGUCAGGAUUCUGUUCGAAAUAAUCUAAAAGUGAUCUCAACACUAUUUGUGUUUCUGGUCUCUAGAGCAUUGUAUUCUCCUUUGUUGAGACCUGUUAGUCUUCAAAGAGAAUUUACAGUGCCAAAACUUGCCUUCCCUGACCGAUCACUACUUAUUAGCAAAAAGCUUUAGACACGUCCUCAUUCAGGACCCCACCAAGGAAUGAGCGUACCUUGUUCUGUUUACAAAAGUAAUAUCAACUCCACUGAAUUUUCAAAAGUAGGAAAUAAAAUUGCCUUUGGACGCAUUGGCUUGUAGAUUUCUUUAAAAAAAUGAAUUAAAUAUUUGUGCAUUCAUUCAUUCAUUUAAAAAUUCAUUAAGUUCCUGUUGAGUUCUGGCUUGCCUUUCAUACGACUUUUGGGUGGCACAAGUGGUAAUGCACUUGGCUGCUAACCAAAAGGUUGGAGGUUCUACCCAAAGGCACCUCAGAAGAAAGGCCUGGCAAUUUACUUCCCAAAAUUCAGCCACUGAAAACCCUUUGGAGCCAAGUUCUGCUCUGACACACAUCAAGUGGCCAUGAGUCAAAAGUGACUCAUUGGCAGCUGGCUUGGUUUGGUUUGGUUUACUAGCUUAGGGGUGAGAACAGAGAUUUUGUGAACUCAGUCCAAACCUCUUUUCCCUCCAUGUGUGUUGAUCAUUGGCAGGAGGUUGAAAUGAUUAAAUAGACGAGUGGAGGGAGGAGGAGACUGACAAUAGGGUUGGGAAGUCACCAGUACAAAAAGGAAUAGUUAACGAUAUGGGGGUGAAUGAGACUUUUCCACACAGUGCAUAAUUUGAAAAUUCUAUUUUGUUUUCAUCCAUUAUUUUUAGAAGAAUGAUUCUCCUCACACUAGAAGUUUCUAUCUAUAAAAUGAAUUAAUUGACGCUUUGGAUGGAAAUGAGCAAAAUAACUGCACUAGAAAAGCGUAGUGGGAAUAAAUUUUAAACCCACAUGCUCAGUGCGCAAAUAAAUGUAACUGUUUUUAUUGUCGUAGUUUCUAUCUUAAGGUCUUAUUCCACCUGCCAGUAGAAAACUAAAACACUGAAGCUUGCCAGUUUAGAAAAAACUCCAUGAAUUUAAGGCUUCCCCCCACCAUGCACACACACAUAUCUGAGACAGUCAUGAAUUCCAGAGGGCCUAUCUAGUGUCAUGGCUUUAGGGAGUGGAACCUGACCAUUGAUCAGCCUCUGCUCUAGCAUCUGCUAAGAAGCCCCCAUCCCCAUAUGGAUACUGGUCAAAUGGACCUUGCAGGAUCUUUCAUCUUGUCUAAAAGACCUUCCAAGUUUUUCGGCCCCUGAGGUCCUAUAAUGUCACUUGGAAAAACACUUGACUAGUUCCUGCAUCCCCCUAGGGGAAUUAGAGGACUGCAAGUCUGGCUGGGGGCCAUCUGUUCAGCCCCCACGACAGCCAAUAUCCAGUGCCAUGGUGAGAAGGAGAAUUCCGGACUCUUGUCAGCUCCCAGGGCUCCAGGUAAGAAGUCCUGAACCAGCUUCCUCCUGUUGCAAAUCCUUAAACUACUUUGGAGUGUGGUAGAAGACUCCUACUGCCCCAUGUUCCCUAGGGCUUGGCCUGGCCUGGGAAGGAUGGGGAGGUGGGGCAUGACAGGGCCAAGAGCUUCUUCUCAGAGACUCUCACCAGUGCACUUCUCUGUGUUUGUGUUCCUCUUCUUCUAACCAUAAGAGAGGAAAUCUUUUUCUAGUCUGGGUGGACCAAGUUUUCUCUCUAUGGUUUAAGCCAAAGCCUCAACUCAAAAGACCUUGGCUCUCCAAGAGACAGAAAGGGCCACAUGAACCAGAGACUACAUCAUCCUGAGAGCAGAAGGACUAGAUGGUGCCGGCUACAGCCGAUGACUGCCCUGACAGGGAACACAACAGAGGACCCCUGAGGGAGCAGGAGAGCAGUGGGAUGCAGACCCCAAAUUCUCAUAAGACCAGACUUAAUGGUCGGACUGAGACUGGAAGGACCCCGGUGGUCAUGGCCCCCAGACAUUCUGUUGCCCCAGGACAGGAACCAUUCCCGAAGCCAACUCUUCAGACAGGGAUUGGACUGGACAAUGGGUUGCGGAGGGAUGCUGGUGAGGAGUGAGCUUCUUGGAUCAGGUGGACACUUGAGACUAUGUUGGGAUCUCCUGCCUGGAGGGGAGAUGAGAUGGUGGAGGGUGUUAGAAGCUGGCGAAAAGGACAGAAAAGAGAGAGUGGAGGGAGAGAGCAGGCUGUCUCAUUAGGGGGAGAGUAAUUGGGAGUGUGUGGCAAGGUGUAUAUGGGUUUUUGUGUGAGAGACUGACUUGAUUUGUAAACUUUCACUUAAAGCACAAUAAAAAUUAUUUAAAAAAAAAAAGACCUUGGCUCUCAUUACUCAAAAUCCCUUUUUCUUCCCUUGCUCUCCUUGUCCUGAAUUUAAAAAAUCUAUUUUGAAACUCACAAAGUGAGGAAGGAUAUAUUUAUUUCCCUUUGCUUUGUCUUUCUAACUUCCCUGCCUUGGGAUCAAUAAGCUCAGACCAUCUUAACCGCCUGGCUGGGUGUGUGCACGAUCCAAGGAAGUGGACUGGGUGGGGAAAAAAGGAUAAAAAACAGUAGAUAGUAGCUCAAAAUAUUAUCCCGCCUCACUUGCAUUCUCAGGUGGUAAGAGUGUGAACUUUAGAAUAAGGCCUACCUGUGUUUGAAUUCAGACUAUGUCACUUUUUAAACACUGCAGCUUUGAUCAAUUUCUGAAUAUGACUAAUCCUUAACUUCCUAUUUCUUGUAAAAGGUCAAUGAUAAGAUCCGUUUCCUACGGUGGAUAUAAGUAACAGACGACAUAGUGCCUGACACCUAGAGAAGUUCAAUAAAAGUGUUAUUUGGUUGUGAGGUGAGGCCCAGAGCAUAGUGCAGAAAUCAGUUGGAGGGAGAAUACUGUAUUUCUUAAACUUCCUGGGCCCACGCCAUCUGCAUAGCGAUAAAAUGAACCAUUAUCAUUUGAGGAUGCUAGUGGGUGGAAAGUGAUAAACGUCUGGCCUUAAAGAUCAGUAAAACCUAUGUUUGAAUUUCAGCUUUGCCAGUUAUUUUAUGACAAGUAAGUUGUUUAAUCUUUCAGAGUCACAGUUUACCCGUCAUAGAAGGAACUUCACAAUUACUAUGUGGAACUAGUAUAUGGAGCUGGUAACUAAAUAUUUGCUAUUAUACUGUGACUUCCAUCUGUGUGUGUCCUUGAACUGGAGAGAGAACCAUGUCUAAGGGUUAGGAACUGAAAGGGAAGUCAGAACUGGGUAUCUCUCUCCCUGUACUUGGUGAAGAGAAUGGAUUACAAGACCCCAGAAGAAGCACACAAAGUGAGACAGAACCUGGAUUUCUUAUGAAAUGUCAACUGCCCUUGACCUAGAACAAAGGGUGCUAUAGUCACUUCAGGUUUUGAAUCUAGGCCUGGACUAAAUGGGGCCCUGAUUCAUCCCUUAGAGUGACAGCAAACACAGAAUCAGUUCACGUUGCUUACUUUCAACUGAUCCAAUUCUGCAGAGCCUAACAUAGAGCCAGCUUUCAAUAAAUGAUGAAUAAAUGCAAAACUGGGUCCUAGUGGUGUAGUGGUUAAGCAUUUGGGUGCUAAACAAAAGGUCAGCAGUUCAAAUCCACCAGCCGCUUCUGGGAAACCUUAUGGGGCAGUUCUACUCUGUCCUAUAGAGUUACUAUGAGUCAGAAUCGACUCCACGGCAAUGGUCUUUUUUUAAAUGUAAAACCAAAUAAACCAAGUGGAAUAAAUAGUAAAUGGGGUAGGAAGCGAAGUUUACAAACUUACGCCUUUCAAAGUUUUAGAGUAUGUUUUGCGUAUCUCUUUGUUAUCAUCAAGUCUUAUACACAGGAUGAAGAAAAUGCAAACAAAAGCUUUUGUUUUCGUUGUUGAUGAAUCAAAUCCUAGCUCAUGUGCCAAGGCAUGCCCCCUUGGAAGAGAGGGAUCCAUUUUUAGCUUUAUGGAACAGUGGUGAAAAUAAAGCUCCCAGUAUAGAAGAGAACACAUUUUUCUAGAGAUUUCUAGGGAAAAAUGAUAUUCACAUCAGUGAUAGAAAUGGAAGUCGCGGGUGGCACAAAUGUUAAACAUUCAACUCCUAACCAAAAGGUUGGCAGUUUGAACCUACCCAGAAGCACCUCAGGAGAAAAGUUUGAUGAUCUUUUUCCAAAAGGUCACAGUCUUGAAAACCCUAUGGAGUCGUUCUACUCUGACACACGUAGGGUCAUGGUGAACUGGAACAGGCAGCAACUGUUUUUUGUUUUUUAAUGGUAGAAAUAAUUAUUAUUAUUUUUAUGAUUAUGAUGAUAUAGCAAUAUUACUUUAAGCUUGAAGAAAUGGCAAAAGUGUGGGUUUAGAAAGUGGACAAACUUAAGUUGGAAUCCCCUCUCUGCCAUUUAUUCAUAAUAUAAGCUUAUUUGACUUGCUUACUAUUUCUAAGUCAAAGUAAUCAGAUUUUUAUUUAUUUUUCACUGUAUUUUAGACGAAGGUUUAUAGAGCAAAUUAAUUUUUUAUUAAACAAUUAAUACACAUAUUGUUUUGUGACAUUGAUUGCCCCCAUGAUAUGUCAACAGUCUCCCUUUCUUGAACUUGUGUUCCCUGUUACCAGCUCCCCUGUCCCCUCCUGCCUUCUAGUCCUUACCCUCGAGCUGAUGUGCCCAUUUUGUCUUGCUUUGUUUCAUGGGCCUGUCUAAUCUUUGGCUGGAGGGUGAAUCUCAGGAGUGACUUCACUACUGAGUUAAAAGGGUGUCUGAGCCAUACUCUUAGGGUUUCUCCAGUUUCUGUCAGACCAAUAAGUCUGUUUUUUUUUUUUUCCUUUGCGAGUUAGAAUUUUUUUCUACAUUUUUCCUCCCACUCUGUCUGAGAUUCUCUAUUGUGAUCCCUGUCAGAGCAGUCAGUUGUGGUAGCAGGGCACGAUCUAGUUGUGCUGGACUCAGUCUGGUGGAGCUGUGGUAGUUGUGGUCUGUUUGUCCUUUGGACUAAUCUUUCCCUUAUGUCUUUGGUUUUCUUUGUUCUAACCUUGCUCCAGGUGAGGUGGGACCAGUGUAGAUCUUAGAAGGCCACUCACAAGCUUUUAAGACCCUAGAUGCUGCUCACCAAAGUAGGAUGUGGAACGUUUCCUUUAUAAACUAUGCUACUCCAAUUGACCUAGAUAGAUGUCCCCUGAGACCAUGGUCCACAGCCCUCAUCCCAGUAAUUCAGUCCCUCAGGGAAUUUGGAUGUGUCUACGGAGCUUCCAUGACCUUCCCUUGGUCAAGUUGCGCUGUAAUCAGACUUGUAAAUGAGAAUAGUAAUAUCUACCUUGCAAUUCAUUUGUGCAAAGUAAAGCUACUAUUGUCGUAUAGCAGCUCCUGAGUAAAUGACAGUACUGUGAUAAUGCUGUAUGCUCCCUGAAGAGCUCCUUGAUCUGGAUAAUAAAACAAGUCUAGGGAAAUGAAACAGUAAGGGGAGUAGGAAUCUUGUGCUUUCCCACCUUUAAGUUCUGAGGAGAAUGCUAAGGAAGCCCGAAACGCAUGAAGUCAGGAAACUCUGCAGAAACCUUUUUUUUUUUAAUCAGGUGUAUAUAUGUAGGUAUAAUAAGCAGAAAGAAGCAGCCUCGUCAGCCCAGGGUCAGACUUCAGGACAGACACACUCAUCUCCAGGAUUUGUAGUUUUUGUUUCCUAAUGAUAUUGGCUGCUAACCAAAAGGUCAACAGUUCAAAUCUACCAGGCGCUCCUUGGAAGCCCUAUGGGGCUGUUCUACUCUGUUCUACAGGGUCUCUAUGAGUCAGAAUUGACUUGAUGGCAAUGGGUUCUUGUUUUUUUUAUAGGGACACUGUAAAGUCAGAAUCUACUACAAGGCACCUAACAACAACAAUGUAGGGUUGCUAUGAGUCGGAACUGACUCCAGGGCAACAGGUAAUGAUAAGAAGCCCUCGUGGUGCAACAGUUAAGUGCUUGGCUGGCAACUGCAAAGUUGGCGGUUCAAACCCACCCAGCAACUCCACAGGAGAAAGACCUAGUGACCUGUUCCCAUGAAGAUUACAGCUUAGAAAACCCUAUGGGAUGCUCCACUGUGUAACGUGGGGUUGCUAUGAGUCAGAAUCUACUUGAUGACACUUAAAGACAAUGGUAAGAACCAAGAAGAAUAUUGCCAUAAUCAUGUAUUUUAAAUUCUCCAGAUACAGUCAAAACCAGUUGCAGUGUCUAGCACAUAGUAGUUUCUUAAUAAUUGCAGAAUAAAUAAACACCCAGAUUGGAUCAGGAAAAACAGAAAGAGGCAUACAAAUUCUUGCCUUCAGAAAAUGGUUUCCUUCGGGACACUCAACCUUAUUGCCAGGAGCCAAGGGGAGGUAGAGGAAAACGCAAGUUUUCUUCCCACAUCUCAAGGAGUUUCAUCUUUGAUUACAGUAUAGGGCCAGUCCUACAAAUAGAUGGGGUAAGUAUCACUUAGGUGAUUAUUUUGAAAGUUCAUCAAAUUUAUGCCCACACAUAGAUGUUUCCUUCAUUUGAGAUUCCUUUACUGGCGUCUGGUUGAGGAGAACCUGGAGUUAGAGUAAGUUAUCAUGAUACCUGACAAGAGUAAAUUCCUUACAUUCUCGACUUGAAGAAGAGUCCUUUUUAAUGAUGGAGAAGAGGUCAAAAAUGUGUAGGGUGUAGCUAUUCUCUAAGAGAUGCCAGGAAGGGGUGUGGGAGUGGACUGGAUAGGAGCCUCUGAGAGAAACUAGGAAUGCAGCCCCAGACAAACCUGGCUUAGUUUACAGCUAAAGGCUCUCUAUGUUAGGUGAUUCAUGUGGAGUGGAGCCAUAAACCAAAACCCACACUGCUGUGGAGUUGAUUCCAACUCAUAGCGACCCUAUAGGACAGAGUAGAACUGCUCCAUAGGGUUUCCAAGGCUGUAAAUCUUUACAGAAGCAGACUGCUACAUCUUUCUCCCCCGGAGGAGAUGAUGGGUUCAAACCACUGUACGCUGUAACCACUGCACCACGAGGGCUCCUUAAUGGAACCAUAAUCUCUCUUAGUAAUAAUUUUUUAAAAAAGCAAAAUGCUCAGUGCUUUGAGGUUGAGGAUGUAGGCAGAGUCUUCACCUGGGAAGGGUUAACAAGCCCUUAAUGCCUUGAACCUUUUCUGUAAGGUCCAUCUUCCCCUUGGCUGCCCUUCACUGCUGACCAUUGCUGAUAACAACGGGUGCUCAAUCCUCUUUAACAUUGUGCCUGCAUCCAGCAAGGAUUAGUUUGAGUCUUUAGUAAGGGCUCAGGGAUGACUUUAAAUACAAACAAAAAACAUAAAGGGAGUAACAGCUAGAUAAUGUGGCUAACACGUAAUGCUUGCGGUGCUCACAGGCUCUAUUCUAUCCUGACUCCAGGGCUGGAAGGGCAAGGCACCUCACACCUGGUCUCAGAGAUCUCUCAACUUUCAGUGUAGAACCUCAAGACUGACGCUCAGACAGGCUCUCCUUCCUUGGUUGUUAGCCUGAUACUCAUUUUCUGUUGGCUCCAAAACAGGGUUAAGAUUAAAAUAAAAUUAACCAAAAACAAACAAAAAACCAUGAAACACAUGAAAUUCUUAAAGCCUGUGAGAUCCUGCCUAAUUUAAGAUCCAGGAUAUCGAACUUCUGUACCUGUAAGCCAAUUCUUCCUUCCACACAGUGAAUUUCCCUUACCGAAUUUUGUCUUGCAUUUUCUUGAGCACAGAUGUCCUAUUUGCUUUGCUAAUGAAAGAAACGCUCUUCUUUCUCCAUGUUCACUUAACAGUAAACUUAAUAAAGAAGUCGGAUAUCACUGCUUUCUGAAAUACAAUCUCUAGUUAAUUUUUGCAGUGUAACAUCUGCUUCCAAGUAACAUUAAAAGAUGAGUUCUUGAGUGUAAGCAUCAUCAAAAAUAAAUGAUUUUUUUUUUUUGCAAAGUAAUUUCCUUUGUAAACAAAAUCUAUUGGACCACAUGCUUCUGUGGCAACUAUAUAGAUUUCAAACCAAACUCUAUUAUGCGUUUUCCUUUAAUUGUCCAUGAACAGUUUCUUUCUUUCUUUUUUUAAUUGGUUCUUUCUUAAAGGUAUCAUGCAGAGAAUUUGCUUACAGUCUACGGUGGGAACCAAUUUGCAGUAGGCUCUUCGACUCUGGCCCUUCUCAGGCCAUAUCCCUCCUUACAAAGCAAGGAGUCUUGGGGCCAAAGGGAUUCGCUGUCAGGAUAACCAAAUUUUUAGACAGCUA